AUGGCGACCACCUUGGCCAGUACAGCAGCAGCCGCCACCAGCAGUUGCCGUGGUGACAGUGAACAAGAGGUAGCUGAGGAGCUUGGGAGAGCUGCCUCCUCGUCGUCUGUUGUUCCUUACCUACCCCGAUUGCCCAUCCUUCCUUCCAAGACGCGGACGCUGAAGAAACAGUUGGAGAACAAGGAGAAUAUCGAAGGGCCACCAGAUGCCACCGGGAAUCCGGCUUGCAGCUCGGCGCCAGGGUUCAUUCGAAGUGCACAGGCAUCCAGUGGGUCCCCAGCACUGCCUCGAAAGCACAGAGACAAAUCACCCAGCAGCCUCUUGGAAGAUGCCAAAGAGACAUGUUUCACCCGGGACAGGAAGGGACGUUUCUUCAGCUCCUUCAUGAGGAAGAGAAGUGCCCCGACACCCCCAAAACGCAGCAGCUCCUUCCGAGAAAUGGAGAAUCAGCCCCAAAAGAAAUAUGAACUCGCAGGGCUACCAGAGCAGGAUAGGAUGGCAACGACCCUUCCCAGGAACUGCCAGAGGACCAGACUCCAACUGGAAAGGACAGUGUCUACCUCUUCCCAGCCAGAACAGAAUGUGGACAGGGCCAGUGACAUGCUUGCCAAAAAGUCAGAGGAAGGGGCUGUGCCGCCCAGGGAGAGACCAAAAGCCAAACUCCUGCCCAGAGGAGUGACAGCGCUUCCUCUCCGAGCCCCCUCUGGCGAUCCAGCCAUUGCUGAGAAGGACUCUGCGGGGCUGGGGGCAGCUGGAGUGGCAGCUACUCCCAAGGGCAAGGAGAGGAAUGGUGGGGCCCACCUUGGGAUGACUGGAGUCCCAGAUGACGGAGAGCAGCCAGGCUGGUCUUCCCCAGCCAAGGUGGCAUCAGUCUUCCCAACCACUCACAACCACAAAGUGCCAGUCCUUAUCUCGCCCACUCUGAAACAUCCAGCUGACGUGCAGCUCAUUGGCACGGACUCUCAGGGGAACAAGUUCGAGCUCUUAUCUGAGCAUCAGGUCACGUCCUCUAGGGACAAGGACCGGCCCCGACGGGUAAAACCAAAGUGUAUCCCGCCCCCUCCACCGGUGAUGAGACUACUGCAGCAUCCGUCCCCAGGCUCAGAUCCUGCGGAAGAGCCGUCUGCCCCGAGUGCAGGUCAGCCCACACCAGAAACCCAGGAAGGAGGAAAAAAGGCAGCUCCAGGGCCAGUGCCCGUCAGUGGGAAAGCUGGGAGGCCUGCUGUGCCUCCACCUCAAGUGCCUCCACCCACAUCUUCCAUCUCACCAGCCACAUUGGCUAAUGGCACAGCAGGUACGAAAGUGGCUCUGAGGAAAACCAAGCAGGUGCCUGAGAAGAUCUCAGCAGACAAGAUCAGCAAAGAGGCCCUGCUGGAGUGUGCUGACCUGCUGGCCAGUGCGAUCACAGAGCCUGUGCCCAACAGCCAGCUGGUGGACACUGGGCACCAGCUGCUCGACUACUGCUCAGGCUACAUGGACUGCAUCCCUCAAACCCGCAACAAGUUUGCCUUCCGAGAGGCCGUGAGCAAACUGGAACUGAGCCUGCAGGAGCUGCAGGUGUCUUCAGCAGCUGCUGGCGUGGCUGGGGCAAACCCCGUCCGUACUAACUUAUUGUCAUGUGUACAGGAGGUCAGUGAUGUGGUGCAGAAGUAG